AGAUACCAACCCAUCCCAUAGCUUCUCCUACCUGUGCACGAAUAUCGUCCCUUUGUCCUUAAGCCAGGUAGCGAGAAGGUGGCCGUUUUGACCAUUCCAAACCAUUGCUUCGCAGUCACUCGACCCGUGAAGAGAUGGCUCCGAGACCCGUGUUAAAGCUUCUUACCUGUCUGGGCACCGUAGCGUUGCUGCCGCUGGUAAUAUCGCACCGUACCGACGGCUCCCUGCUGUUCCCUCUGUCGCUCGUCCACAUCAACGACAUUCACGCACACUGGGAGGAAAUCGAUACGGCAAGCGUUACGUGCGAUCCGAAACGGGACGGUGCGGCUGAGCAGUGUCUCGGAGGGUACGCCCGCACAGUUACGAUCGUGCGACAGCUGCUGCAGGAGCGCCCGAAUCCGGUGUACCUUAACAUUGGCGACAACUUCCAGGGUACGCUUUGGUACAACAUCCAUCGAUGGAAUGCGACGGCAUUUUUCCUCAACCUGCUGCCGGCGGAUGCUGUCACUGUGGGAAACCAUGAGUUUGACGAUGGAAUUGCCGGUGUGGUUCCGUUCCUGGAAGCGAUACAGUCGCCCGUUCUGCUGGUAAACGUGGACAACUCGAAGGAACCAACGUUCAGCAAGUUCCGCCCGUCGAUGGUGCUGGAGCGUGCUGGGCGCAAGAUCGGCCUGAUUGGAGUGAUCCUCCGCACCACGUACAACAUGGCCGACACUGGGGCGUUGGUUUUCGAGGAUGAGGCAGAAACUGUUCGCCUGGAGGCGGAUCGGCUUACAGCCGAAGGUGUGGAUAUUGUGGUCGUCCUAUCGCACUGUGGUCUCGAUGUUGAUCACAUUAUCGCAGCAAAUGCGGGCCCCAACGUGGACAUCAUUGUCGGUGGACAUUCCCACAGCUUCCUGUACAGCGGACAGAACGACAAGAUUCCAAUGACACCCGCUUCCGAGUAUCCAACGGUCGUCAACCAACCGGACGGACAUCGGGUGCUGAUCGUGCAGGCUUCCGCCUACACCAAGCUUGUCGGGGACAUUGUACUCUACUUUGACGACCAGGGCAUUGUGCAGCACUGGGAAGGUAAUCCGAUCUAUCUGUCGAACGAUAUCGUCCCCGAUGCGGAAGUGCUGGAAGCGAUCGCGCCCUGGAAGGUAGCGAUCGAUGCGGUCGGCGAGCGUACGAUCGGUGCGACGGCGGUCGAUCUGCUGAAACCGCCCUGCAACUUUGGCGAGUGUGUGCUGGGGAAUCUGAUUGCCGACUCGAUGGUGGAAGCGUUCGUGCCGAUGGCGGAGGAGGGCAGCUGGACGUACGCAUCGAUCGCAGCGAUUGCUGUUGGGCGUAUACGGCAGAGUCUUGUCCCGGGAGACAUUUCCUUCAAGCAUCUGAUUGAAGUGCUUCCGUUCGAGAACAAGCUGGUCUGUCUGGAACUUCGGGGCUUCCAGCUGGUCGGACUGCUGGAGCACGGUGCCGAGCUGUCGUGGGACGAGCAUCGGUUUAACGCCAAGAAUUUGAUGCACGUGUCCGGACUGCGCGUCGUGUACAACGUCACCAAUCCGAUCGGACACCGGGUACUGUCGGUGGAGGCGCUGUGUCAGGACUGUUCCAUGCCGAGCUACGCCCCAGUGGAGAUGUUCAAGAUGUAUCGUGUCGUUACGGUGUCGUAUCUGGCCGAAGGGGGUGAUGGUUUUGAGAUCUUCCCGCGCUAUGGUAGAAAUCGGGUCGUUGCACCGAUGGAUGAUGUGCAGGCUUUUGAGGAGUACGUGAAGCCACGCUCGCCCGUCGCUCCUGUGCUGGAGGAACGCAUUCAAAUCUUGAACUGAAAAAGGAAAAAAGUAAAUAAAUUAAUAUCACACAGCAGAUGAA